AUGUCCUCUCCGCAAGCCGUGGCGACGCAGACCAACAUGGCUGUCUCAAACCCGCGCCCCAUGGUCCAGCGGUCCUCCCUGCCCGAUCGCAACGUGACGCCCGACACCCUCGAGGACGCCUUUGUGCGCUUCAUCUUCUACUGCAACCCGGCGCUGCCGCUCGACGCCGACACUGAGAGCCUCCGAGAGGCGUUUGCCAACCCCCCCAAGAGCGGAGGCAAGAGCUUCAGCCCCUUUCUCAUCUUCGACCUGGUCCAGAGAUUCUACCGCAAGGAGAUCAAGACAUGGACCGAACUCACCACCAGGCUCGGCGUCGAGCCGCCGGACCUGUCCAAGGACGAAAGCGCCCAAAAGGUCGCCCAGUACGGCGUCCGUUUAAAGAAAUGGAUGAACUCUAUGCAUGUCAAGGCCUUUUUCGAAUACCUCAUGGGCAUAAGCAAUGAUUACUGGACUGAGAUUCCAGACGACCCAAAUCCCAUAGGGCAGCCUGUUCGUGAUGGCGUUGCCGUCGAGGAUGACAUGGCCCUGAGGGCUCUGUUACCUCAUAUUCGCCCCAAGAGGGGCCGCAAGAGGCCAGAGCCGGAGGACAGGACCGACUCUCCGGUGGCUCAGCGACAGCGCCUAUCGCCUCCAUCUGCAGUCGAUGGUCCUCGGGCGACGUGGUCGGCUCAUCCAGAUGCACGAGCCCAGGGCGUGCCGAUGGAUCCCUCGAGGCCCGGCGCCGCAGCUGCUUGGGGCUUCAACGACUCCGUGCAGACUCCGCUUUCUCGAUACCCCAAUUCCGCCUUAACACCUUCAACCAGGAGCUCCUUUUGGGACGAUGCGUUGGAGCCCCGGUCUGCCAUCUCCCCAUCCAAGCCCAAGCUUUCCACCCAUAGGCGGGGACCCAAGAACGUAUCCUCGGCGUGGAAACCUGGAGGGGCUGAUGCCAGUGUCAAACCAAGGGGAAGGCCCCCGAUUAAUCGCACGCCCGUGGAGCCCUCUCCUCCUAACCCUCCGCCCAUGACAUCGUGGGCUCCGACCCCCGACAGCAAUCCAUCGGAUGCUCCCGUGGCCGUUGUGCCCAAGGACGCCAUGCCAAUGACUCCCGACGUGACCCAGAUGCACCCGCAGAUUCGCAACCAAGUCGUUGCUCCGCGUGCAGAUGCCGUGGCGUCUCUGCAGGCACGGACGCCGUCACAGGUGCACAUGAUUGCGGCCCCUGCGUCUUCUAACCUCCCCGUGGCCGGCAUGAGCAUCAGCCCGUUCGACAGCACCAGACCAGCUCGACCUGCUAUUUCUCUGCAGGUUCCAGAGAGGCAAGGUGGCACAGUCCGGCUGGCAACACCGCCGCUGCCGCCACCACUCCCCCCACCGCUGCCCAUGGUCCCCGUCAACGACCUUCCGGCAAACGAUCCUCCGGCGCUCCAAGGAAUCCCUCUUCAGGCACCGCCUGCAACGCAGGCUAAUGGGUGGGAUCCGUUCUCGCAGCCGCCUGUAGCGGGAGUGUAUGAGGCCAACGCCGUUCCACCCUCUACUGGGACCACCAGCCAAGCUGGCUCAACGUCCAACAAGGACGUGCCCCAAUAUUUCUUUGAGGAUUUGGACGAUCGUACCAAUGUCGACGGGCUCAUAUCCUACUUUACUCACGUCUUGCACAACUCAGACUGGGUGGAUCCCCAGGGCAACCAGCAAGAGAUUGCUGGCAUGGACGAGUGCACCGCCAUGGUAAAUGCCACGGUGGAGCACAUGUACAAGAAUGCCGAGUCGUCCCAAGCGUUUCUCAUCAACCUGGCGGCGUUGUGCGGCGCAAAGAUGCUCAUGACCAACCGCCCGAGGUGCUACCGGGUCGAGACCUCGGAGGGUGUUUACACCUAUUAUUUUGACUGGCAGUAUCGGUUUGGCCACCUCAAGGGGCAGUUCACCAUGACUCAUAGCGUGCCGGUUACGAUGUGGAAGAAGCCGGGGCCGGGAGAGUCUGUCGAGACGUCGGAAGAAGGCGGUCCGUCGGCGGCAGGGAACCUGACAUCGGAGCAGUGGCAGGCCAAGUACGGUGCUCUCAUGGACGAGAUAGAGAAGCGAGACCGGGAGCUCUUUGAGAUGCAGAACAAGGUGAUGGAGUCGAUGAGGAGAGACACCUGA